AUGGCCGCACGAAUACCAGUCCGGAGACUUGGACAGCCAUGUCUUGCCGCCUUCCGACCGCGCUCAACGUACUGGGUUACCUCAAACCGAUCCUUCACCAACUCCUCCGCCCGGUCUGCUAAGAACGACGACAACAAAGAGGUCGACCUCACCAACCCCAUCCUCGACGACUACCUCUCCAAGCGCAACCCCAAAGAGAAGCCUACACGCCCCGUCCCCCAAACCGGCGGCCUCUCGAAAACCGGACUCUUCAAAGAAGAAUUCGAAAUCCCCGGCUAUCGCAUGGGCAUGACUCCCGCCGAACUCGAAGCUCUGAAAGAGGAGAAUAAGAGCAGAGAUGAAGAACGGGCGAUUGAGACAAGCAGGCGGCUGCACGCCCUCAGGCUUGACCCUCUACCUUCAGCCCGCCGUUCGUACGAGCGGAAACUGGUGAUUAGGGGCCUGCGGAAGAAACGCGAGGGCAAGACACUCCGCCUGAAGAGGACAGAGCGGGAGAUGGUGUACAAAUCGCAGGACCUUCCCACAUCGUUGAAAAAGAUGACGCGGCUCAUGCACCAAAUCGCUGGCAAGACCGUCGAGGAAGCGCUUAUCCAACUGCGCUUCUCUAAGAAGCGCGUUGCUCGCGAUAUCGUCAAGGGUCUGCAACUUGCACGCGAUGAGGCUAUUGCGGCGCGCGGAAUGGGUCUUGGUGCUGCUGUUGAUGCAGAGACGGUGGCGAAGGAGGAUGCGUUGAUCGAGGCCGGGAAAAUGAAGAAGAGCGAGAGGAGCAGGGGAUAUCUUGCUGACGGUACGAGGAGGAGAGGGACGAAGGAGAAGGCCACGGUCAUUGAGCUUAGAGAUGGAAGUAAGAAAACGGUGACAGAUUCGACGGAGAUGUAUGUUGAUCAGGCGUGGGCGUCGAAGGGACCGGAGACAAGGAGCGUAGAGUUCAGGGCGCGAGGAAGAACGAACCUUCUCCACCAUCGGUCAGCGAAAUUCAAUGUCUUGCUCAAGGAGGAGAAGACACGCAUGCGUAUCUCAGAUGAAAUCAAGAAGAAGCGCGCGAACAAGCCACUCUGGGUACCCCUUCCCGACCGGCCCGUUACCACACAGAGGCAGUAUUGCCUGUGGUAG